GAUUUGAUGUUUACUGGAUAAGUCUGCCACGUACUAUAAGCGAGACUCCACUCCUACACUCUCACCAGCUCUGUUUCCCAGUUAACCAUGGCACACGUUGAAGUCUUAUCACUAACCUCCCUCCUUGGUACGCUGUCGCCUAAAGGCGUUUACAUUCUGGGUUAUGGCUGGCUUUAUGGGAUGUCUGUGUGGGUGUCAUUCUUUGGAGGAAUAAUUGCUUUGCGGGCAUUGCCCAGGCACCAAUUUGGUGCUCUUCAGCACAAGACCUUCCCGGUCUACUUUUCUUCCUCGCUUGGACUCUCCUCGGCUUUGUUGGGGCUUUGGGCAUAUGCUCAUCCCGGACUUCUUGCCAACAUCACCAGCCCUCUUCGAGCUGAUGUUGCACAGGCAUAUGUGCUCGGAACUGUCAUAGCGUUACAGAGCUGCAACCAGUUAGUCGUCGGGCCAAUGACUAGCAGCACUAUGUUCCAGCGACACAAGUUGGAGAAAGAAGAAGGCAAAGAUCACAAUGAACCCGGGGUUUCUGCCCAAAUGAAGGCUUUGAAUGCGAAGUUUGGAAUGUUGCAUGGCAUCAGCUCGCUGGCCAACUUGGGUGCAGUCAUUGCCCUGACCUUUCACGGCCUAUGGAUCGGAAGCUACGGGUUGUGAAUCACUUUCAGGGUAUCAUAAAUCUGUCCUAAGAGCAUCCGUGUAGUUCUCAACUGUGUCAACAGCCAGAGUAGAUAUUACGCAAAAAUACAGUUUUAAGCAGUACAGUCAUGCACCUACAGACUCCAUGGAUGGCAUGUAUCCUUCUCUCAAACUUCUCUCCAGUCUCCUGAUCUCCUCGAUGGAGGUUGCCUUUGCGAUGGCCAGUUUGACUUUCUCGGCAUCUUCUUUUGACAUCAACCGACCUGCCUU